AGCUUUCAAUCGUACACCCAAAAUUAAUCCUGCUCCGCACUGACACCAGAACCCGUGCUGCUGCUCCGGCAUCGAGAAAAGCCUGCUUGCGGCCUUUCGGUACUUGGGCUCCGCUGGAAUCCUCAAACCCAGCAAUCUCUACGAAUAAUAAAUACGGGACCAUUUUCACUUCAACCGAGACCCAAUUAAUGAAGCGUUACGGUGGACCCCAUUAAAACUGCCCCAAUUCAAUUCAAUUCUCUCCGAGCUCUGAGCUCGAGCUCUAAUGGCGAGAAUUCAGUGAGAGGACAAUCGACAGAGAACGAUGCCGAUUGUUAGGUAUGAGAUUAGGAAUGAGUUAGGGUUAGGGAGCUCGAAGCUCUAUGGAGCUGCAGCGACGAGGGAGGACUCUGAAGCUUUGCUCGAAGGAGUUGCUGUUGCUGGGCUCGUUGGGAUCUUGAAGCAGUUGGGGGAUCUCGCUGAGUUUUCUUCGGGAAUUUUCCAUAAAUUGCAUGAAGAAGUGAUGGCUACAGCCAGUAGAGCAAAUGUACUGGCUCUUCGAGUUCAACAGGUAGAAGCAGAGAUUCCAUCAGUUGAGAAGUCCCUUCUCUGUCAGAAUAGUGAAACUCAUUAUUUUCACAACAUGGGCACUAACUGGCACUCGAAGCUUCAGCUGAACCAUAAUGUAAUAAGUGGAGAAGGCUUACCUCAGUUUAUGAUGGAUUCUUAUGAAGAAUGUCGUGGCACACCAGAUUUAUCCGUGCUGGAUAAGUAUGAUGUUUCUGGUGCUGGGGCAUGUUUAAAGAGAUACUCAGACCCAUCAUUUUUCAAAGUUGGAUUAGCUUCCUCAGGCAUUGUGGAAUCACAAGUUGAGAAAGAAAAAGUAAUGCAUGAAAGCAAGAAGAAGAAAAAGUUUUGGAGGAACGGUGAUGCCCCUGCAAUUUUUUCAACACCAAAAAUCAACUCCAAAUUGCAGUUCAUGACAUCUGACCAAGCUUCUGAAGAAUUUCCAGGCACGCAUGUGAAAUUAAAAUCUAGAGACUUGAAUGGGUCAGAUCCCACAACUAGUUACACGGAGUGCCUCCAUCAAGUUCUUUUACCUAAGGAGAAUUGUCAAUCUAACAAUUCAAAUUGCUGUUCUCACAUAAAGAUGGAAUCAAUUGGUUCAAGUGAAUCCAUUUCUGAUGUAAAUGGAGUUCCCUUUGAUCCUUCUGCUGAAAUAGGAAAAUGCCCAAACCAAUAUCCCAUAUUUGAAGACACAUGUCAAAUGGUGAAGAAAAGAGUGCCUGAACAUGAAGAAAGCACAGAAGGUAGUGAAGAUGAAUUAAAUGCUAGUUCAGGUUUUCAGGAGAUGGAUCAGAAGGAGCUUUCAUCUGAUAAUGAUUGGAGAACAGGAGGCAGCUCUGGGGGCUAUAACUCUGAUGACAUUGCUAGUGGUGUUGAAAAUUACAAGGAUGCCCGGAAUACCAUGGAGUCCGACGUUGAAUCAGAUUAUGAAAACAAUGCAAAAGCAAUUAAUUUCCGCACCUAUGAUGAACAUGAGUUAAAAGCUCCAGAUUCUAGGCUAGAUUUUGAUGAAAUUUUUAACUCAGUGGAGUCAGAUUCAGAGAAGCUUAUCAAGAACAGGGUUGCUCUUGAUUUACCUUCUAACCAAGAUAUAUACCUAGAUGAGACUGAUGACAAAACUCCGGCAGGAUUGAGUAACCUUGAGGCUAAGUUAGAUUCUUCAGGGAAUUUGCUUUCUAGUGGAGAACACAGUGCCAAGGAAACUCUAAUUAGUGCCAUAUCUGGGCACAGAGAAGAAUUUCUUAAUUGUUCAGUUAUGGGUUCAACUUCCUCUGCUAAGCAUUCAUCUUCUAACGGAGAUCCUGAUAGCACCUCAUCUGCUACUAGCAAUAUGGAUGAGAUAUCCUCAAGUCCUUAUGGUAGAAAAGAUGGUGGAAGGCUUGAAGUUGAAAUUUCUACCAGUUUGAUCGAAGGUUCAUCACCUCCAUCAAACGUCCUCAUGGGAACUUCACAGGAUUGCGCAAAACAAGUUGUAGAAGUUUCUCAAGAUGAGAUCACUACACAGCUAGGACAUUCCUCUUCCUCCAGCAGAAGUCCUAAUUCAAAGCAGAGACACAACUCAGUUAAAGAAUUUAGAAACCUCGGUACAUCUCAGGAUGACAUAGGGUCUCGAAGAGUGGAAAUGACUCUUGAAAGUACCAAUUUGCAGCCUUUAUGUGAUGAAGAGUCUCAAGAACCCUACAAUACAGGCUCAUUAAAUUCAUGUCCUUGGAAGGAAGAAAUUCUUGAUAACACGCAACAGUCAUCUAAGGUGUCCGAUUUCUCUAAAGAUGCAGUUCACGCUGAGGCAGUUGCCUCAUUCGAACAAUCAGCAGUCCAGAAUUCUAUUGAAUCUGACUGUUAUAAUCAAAUUUCUUGCUCAGGUAUAGAUCAGGAUCAUCUGGACCCUUUUGAUGCUAAUUUAUCCAAUGGCCACACACCUCCAUCUGGGUUUGCCCAAAUGGAUUUGCAUCCAAAUAAUAUAGAAGAGGACUGUAUAAAUCUAUCUGUAACUGACAAAGGUUUUGAUCCUGAGACAUCCUCUUGCUAUCAUCAAGAGAGUGCAAAAGAAAAGGAAACCCUUCGGCUACAAUCUGGAAGUGUGCCCAAAAUUAUAUCUUUCGAGCGAUACCUUUCUAUGAAAAACAACGGAAAUGAAACCAAUCUCCUAGAUACCGCCGGGGAAGUAUCAGAUUCAGUGACUGAGCCAGAGUCUUAUGACACUGUCAAUAAUGUCACUUUUGCGGAGUUUUUGAAGCUUGCCCAGAUGGACUGGCUUCUAAAUAUUGAAAAAGAGGGUUCUGUAGAUCCUCUACAGAGCGGAAAACGUUUUGAUCGACAAGCGCCCUUGCAGAUGACUCGGAAUGCAAAAGAAGACUUGUUUCUGUCUUCUCAUUUGGUUACAAAGAAGGCAAAUUCAUUCGAAGAAACCUCUGACAUGCAAAUUGAAAGUGAAUCUAACAUGACAUCGUUACAACAUCCAAGUGGGAGUGAAUCAAUUAUAGAUAGUUCUGUUCAAGAAACUAUGGAAGAAUUACCGCCAAUGCCUCCACUCCCCCCCCUGGAAUGGAGAAUGAGUAAGCUUCAAAUGGGACAUCCAACUUCACAUAUUAAAAUUGCUCAAUCCUAUAUAGGACAAAAUCAGUUCACAGCUCUAACUACAGAUGAGAAGCCUUCAUAUGAUUCAUUAACAGCGAGAGGUGCAACUGUUCAAAAAUCAAGUCUAUUAAGUCCAUUUUUAUCAUUAGAAGACAACUCCGAGCACUGUUUGUCAGUGCAAGUCCCGCCUUUGGAGAAUGAGACCUUUCAUCUUGAUCAGCUUCCAUCAAAAUUGAAGAGGCCUCAGCAUUGUCCACCAAGUUUAGAAAUGGAGACAGAAAAGCCAACCAGCACGUUCUUCUUAGGUUCAACUUCAGAAAGUGAAUCUCAUCAAUGUGAGGACAAAUUUCCUGGAGCUAUAGAGGAAGACUAUGCUCUCAAUCAAGAUAGUCUUACUAUACAAAUGUUGAAUGGUGAGAAGCCAAAGAAAAUUUCUUUGCUUCAGCGGACUAGAGAUCCCUUGAUUGAAGAUGUUGCUUCUCAUGACAAAAGCACGCUGAGAAAGGUAACUGACCUGCUUCAGCCUUCAACUCAGUCAAAGACAGAAGAAAGCAUCACAUUAUUAGAGCAAAUUAGAAACAAGUCCCAAAAUUUGAAGGCAGCUGGAAAUGCUAAACCAAAUCUGAGAGGUCCUCCAACAAAUCCAAAAAUUGCUGCCAUUUUAGAGAAGGCAAAUACUAUUCGCAAGGCAUGUGUAGGAAGUGAUGAUGAAGACGAAGAUGGGCAUGAUUGGAGUGAUUCUUAAUAAUGGUAUUAUACUUGAAAUUUUGUAAUUUUCGUAGCCAAGGUAUCAGUCAUGGACUUCUACAUUUAGGAGUAGCAUAUGGUCAUUUUUCCUUAUAGAUGUACAAUUUGUUUCUUUCUACUUACUCUCCUAGUUUCGCCUUCGAAGUCUGCUGUAUGCUGAGUUAUAGGUUUUGGAGGACAGCAUAAUAAUUUUACCUUUGUAAUAUGAAAUAAACCUUCGUAUUGAGUUGUAAACGUUCUGGGAUGUAUAUAUGGAACAUGAGAAACCUUGAAAUGCUAAAGAUCUUGUAGCCUCUAUGUUU